GGCUGAUUUGAUGACUGCAUUAAGACCUGUACAAGCCAGAAAGCUUCUUUCUGUUUGGAAACAGAAAUACCACACUCCUGAGAACAGCUCCCUAUCAUCUGUGGAAGCCUCACCUUCCCAAUCGCGGUCAUUGCUCUCUGUUUCACCCCAAAGUACAUCGUCAACCUCCUCCAGCAGCCCAGGAGUUGACACACAUUGGGAUGACAACUUUGAAAUUCCAUGGAGUAAAUUUCCUGACGAAGUGAUGCAUUCUUUGGAGAGGGAAAAAGGCCAGGCCCAAAACUGAGGAGGAAAAUGGUCCGGAUUGUUGUGACUGAGAUGAUGGAAAAAUGCCCUCAUGUAGGUAAAAAGCAUUCAACUGACGUUGCAACAAAAAUGGUGGCAAAAUAUCCCAAAUCUCUCCAGGAUGUAAUAGAUGGUGAUAUUGUUGGAACAGGCUACCAUUCACUUGUCAAACAGUUGCUAAACAGAAUUGAAAAUGUGAGGCGCACUUCAACACCCAAAAUAAGAAAAAGAAAACAUCAGACUGAUGUCUCAGACCACACAGACGAGAUCCCAUUAGAAGAGAGAGCAGCAAUGCAGGAUACUUACGGAUGCAUUAAAUGGAAUGUAAAAUUUCUGCCCCUUGAAGAAACUCAAGAGAGCCAGCAGCAAAAGAUGGAAAAACUCAAGGUGAUGUUCCAACACUCUGAUGCCAAUCCAGAAGAGGUAAAAUGUCUAAUGAAGUCCACAUUUUAUACCCAGCGUCAACAUGUCAACCAGGGAAAAAGUAUCAAAUGCCUUAGAGAGGAGUGGCCGUUUUGGUUUGAUGAACUUGGCAUGUCAGUCCACUUCAUGGAACUGACUGGGAUUGACCUCAAAGAGACAUUCACACGAAAUUUGGAUUUGAAGGGAAAAAGGCUUCUCAACUACAUGACCACAGUUUGUGUCAACAAGAGCAAGAAGCUCCUUCAGAAUUAUGCAAGGCUUCAGAGGAUGCGAGGACUGCAGACUGGCUGCUCAGAUGAUGUGAUAGAGAUGCUCCUGCUUCUGCUCAGCUACUUUGAUGAGGAGUCCAUGUUCUUCCAUGUAGAAGAUACAUGUCUGGCAGAAGAGGUCCAACUGGAGCAAGUGCCUCUGACACCCACUGUUAUUGUCUGUGGACAGUCCUGCUAUUCCGCAACAAGGUACAUGCUGAGUCUGGAUCGGAACCUUAUCAACACAAACAUCUCCUCCUUCAUUUCUGCAUUGUGCCUCAUGUUCGGGAGUUACUACUGUUUUAAUAUCCAUUAUCCAUCUGAGCUGGCUUCAACUCUGGAGUUUCUUCAAAGGUGUUUUUUCUCCAUAAACCCAGAAAAAGGAACCAAAGUAGAGAACAAAAACUCCAAGCGUCGUCUCAACGUGAACCCUCGAGUCCUCACCCUGAUACAGGAACUCUCCGAUCACGAGUGGUGUUAAGCCUAAGUAUGGACUCUUUCUGUGGACUCUGACUGUUUGUUUAAGAGGUACUGUUAGUUUUCGCUUUAAAUCCACAAUGUGUAUUAUGGUUAAGGCACAAUAAGUAAUUUUUGUUUUAAAUGCACUAUGUAACUUUUUCUGGUAGAGGGUCCACCACCUGCUUGUUUCAUGAAGAUGUUCUUUCUUUGCGGGAAUGUUCCACAGUAUGGUAUAAAACUUAUCUAUCUUGCAUUUAUUCAAUUAGAACUUUUUUUUAUUGCAAAAAAAUAAUCUUAAAAGGAACUCGCCGACAUUUUGGGACUUUAGCUUAUUCACUGUAUCCCCCAGAGUUAGAUAAGUCCAUACAUACCCUUUUCAUCUCCGUGCGUGCUGUAACUCUGUCUGACGCACCCACCGCUAGCCUAGCUUAGCACAAAGACUUGAAGUAAAUGGCUCCAGCUUGCAUACUGCUCCCAAUAAGUGACAA